AACAUGGAUGAGGAACAGUGCUAUUACAAUGAAACCAUUGCCUUCUUCUACAACCGCAGUGGCAAGUACCUUGCUACUGACUGGAACACAGUCAGCAAGCUGGUGAUGGGCCUGGGCAUCACUGUGUGCAUCUUCAUCAUGCUUGCCAACCUUCUAGUGAUGAUCGCGAUCUAUGUCAACAAGAGAUUCCACUUCCCCAUCUACUACCUGAUGGCCAACCUGGCAGCUGCUGACUUCUUUGCUGGACUGGCCUACUUCUACUUGAUGUUCAACACGGGGCCGAACACGAGGCGGCUCACUGUUUCGACGUGGCUGCUACGUCAAGGCUUGAUUGACACCAGCCUGACGGCGUCUGUGGCCAACCUGCUUGCCAUCGCCAUCGAGCGCCACAUCACCGUGUUCCGAAUGCAGCUACACACGCGCAUGAGCAACAGGCGUGUGGUGGUAGUGAUUGUCAUAAUCUGGACCAUGUCCAUAAUCAUGGGGGCCAUCCCCAGCGUGGGCUGGAACUGUAUCUGCAGUAUUAAAUCUUGCUCCAACAUGGCACCGCUUUACAGCAACUCCUACCUAAUCUUUUGGGCAGUGUUUAACCUGGUGACGUUUGUUGUUAUGGUGACACUGUAUGCUCACAUCUUUGUCUAUGUACGCCAGAGGACCAUGAGGAUGUCGCGGCAUAGCUCUGGACAGCGACGCAACCGAGACACCAUGAUGUCUCUUCUGAAAACCGUGGUGAUCGUGUUGGGUGCCUUCAUAAUCUGCUGGACUCCCGGCCUGGUCAUCCUCCUCCUCGACGUUUUCUGCGCCAAUUGCAAUGUCCUUACCUUUGAAAAGUUCUUCCUGCUUCUCGCCGAGUUCAACUCAGCCAUGAACCCCAUCAUCUACUCCUACCGCGACAAGGAGAUGAGCGCCACCUUCAGGCAGAUCCUGUGCUGCCAGCGGCAGGAGAAUGUCAAUGGGACGGCAGCAGAAGGAUCUGAUCGAUCGGCGUCGUCCAUCAACCACACGGUGCUGAGCAGUGGUAUGCACCACCAUCACCACCACCACCACAACGAACACUCAGUGGUAUAAAAGAGGGCUGGAGAUGCAGGGGAUAUUGACUGAGAGGAGGUGAACGGCUGUACAUGAAAGUCAAAAGGAACUGUAAACAUGAUAUAAACUGAAGAACAG